CUUCUCCCACCCAUUGUCCUCCACAAUGGCCUCAAAACGCGCAGUACAGCUGCUCUCCAAGCAGUUCCAAUCGUCCACUAUUCUCAAGACCACCACAGCCACUCAAAUCCGACAGCAAUCCUCCACCUCCGCAAUCGCCUGGAAAGCUCUCAACCGCCGCAUCGCACCUCUUCCCACAGUCACCGGCCAAUCGAGCGCCAUAACGCCUGCUGCAGCCGUCUCCUCCAUUCUCUACGAGACCCCCGUUCCUGACAAAGCGCCGCCCAAACGCCAUAUCCUCAACUGUCUGGUCCAAAACGAGCCCGGAGUCCUCUCUCGCGUGUCUGGUAUUCUUGCGGCUCGAGGCUUCAACAUCGACUCUCUCGUCGUCUGUAGUACAGAAGUCGCAGACCUCUCUCGCAUGACUAUUGUGCUUCAGGGACAGGAUGGCGUGGUAGAGCAGGCGAGGAGGCAAUUGGAGGAUCUGGUUCCUGUGUGGGCUGUGUUGGAUUACACGCAAGCUCCACUUGUGCAGAGGGAGCUUCUGCUGGCGAAGAUUAGCAUCUUGGGUCCUGAGUACUUUGAGGAGCUGUUGGCGCAUCACCGAGAGAUGACGGGGAGCACUUCGCAAUAUGGGGAUGCGGCUCGUGGUGCCAUCGCUUCAGGGGAGUUGGGGAACAUCGAUGGACAAGCGGAUACGACUUCAGCUACGAGCGCGAGUUUUGAGGAGGAUAUGGACGCUGGAGGUGUUUCACACGUUGACUUUCACCCACGCAACCUUGCCCCAUCCGAAGCUCUUCGCAUGAAACACCAACAUCUCGAAACCAUUACUUACCUCGUACACCAAUUCGGGGGCAAGAUUCUGGAUAUCUCCACGAACAACUGCAUCGUUGAGCUCAGCGCGAAGCCCACUAGAAUUGAUUCGUUCAUGAAGCUGAUUACGCCUUUCGGUAUCCUGGAGUCCGCACGGACAGGCCUGAUGGCACUGCCACGUACGCCGCUGGAUGGUGCUGAGAACGAACAGACUGUGGAAGUGGAAGAGGUCAUGGACGCUGCUUCACUGCCACCAUCGUAGGCGAAGAAGUCACGUAGCCUUUUGCAUCCGAUCUUGGAUAGCUCAAGGCCACUCCUCCAUGCUUGCGCUAGACCUCAUGAGACUCGAGACUCGCCUGUACUGACAGCAUACUGAGCUACCUGGGUCGGCCCUGGGAGACACUGAGGACCGGCUAAUCAUUUCCAUGGAUAGCGGUGGUGUUUGAGGCGUACCUGUAUUUGGAGCGCUCUGGAGAUCUGUGCACAGGAAGCUCUCACGAGCUGGCAGGACUGAUGGGUAUAUCUCAUCACUGUGUAUGGAUAGUAUAUGCAAUUCGCUUCUAAUGUUUCAACGAGAGUUUGAAGUUGUAAUUUAGACAUCAAAUGGACAUUCACGCGCGAAGGCCCUAUAACAAACAUCUUGGUACUGUCCGUUACUACUAACUACAGCGAACAUAUAAUGCGAGAUC